AUGGUCGUUGCCCAGCGCUACGGCUCCCAAUCAGCGUAUCCAUCGAACGCAUAUAUAUCAUUGCAACAAUAUCGCGGUGGAGCUUCCAUCCUAGUCGACGUUAUAAUGGAGAAGGACUCGAAUAUAAUCUCUAUUCAGUCACCCGGCCACCCAAUCAAUGUGCAUCUAGGACGGACCUCCGUCAUGCCCGCAUCCACAUACGAAGCCUGCUAUGCAUCAGUUAAACUUCGCACAAACUCCGCCAUGGAAGCUGACUUCGUCUUGAAUAUCAAUGCAACGAAGCAAGAUCUACCAUGUGCCUUUCUGGAAAAACACCCCACACUGCCAAACCAGCGAGCACUAAUGGUAUCUCUUGUCCCCAAAUUUCAAAUCCCAUCGGAUCCCUCAGAAAUCAUCUUCGUCAUCGACCGGAGUGGGAGCAUGGAAAGCAAGAUUCCCACCCUUCGAUCUGCAUUAGAGGUUUUCCUCAAGUCACUUCCAUCGGGGACCCACUUCAACAUUCUCUCCUUCGGAACUCAAUUCAGUUCGUUGUGGCAACAGAGCAAGCCCUGCAACCGGGUUAGUCUCGAGCAAGCCCUCGAGCUCACCAGGUGUAUCCAUGCGGACCACGGCGGUACGGAUAUUCUUAUAGCUCUCCACAAUGCAGUUCGGAUGAGCUACAAGGACAAAUUUCCCGAUAUUUUGCUUCUCACCGAUGGUGAGAUCUGGGAGCAAGAGGCAUGUAUCAGAUUUGUCAAUGAAACAAAGAAGACCCGAUCUGCGAGAUUUUUAACUCUCGGCAUCGGCGAUAGCGUUUCUCACGCGCUUAUUGAGGGUAUCUCGCGAGCUGGUGGUGGCUUCUCCCAAACUGUCCUUAACCUGGAAGAGCUUGACAAAAAGGUCAUUCGCAUGCUGAAAGGUGCUUUGAUGGGACGUUUAUCUAAUACUACUUUGGACUUUGAUCCACAGGAUGCUACCAGUGAGGAGUUCAUGGAGGUCGAAGUACCCAACUCUAUCGAUGGUGAUUCCGUGACUGAGAAAGAUUCCGUGACUGAGAAGGGUGACAAGCCAAUUCCUCUCUUUGACGAGAACUACGAGGAACCCGAAUCAAUCCCCAAAGUUCAACAUACACUUCCAGAACUCUCGAUUCCCAAAAUUAUGCAGGUUCCAACCGAGCUCCCGCCUCUUUUCCCCUUUAUUCGAUCAACCGUUUACCUUCUCUUCUCUGAGGAACUCGUUUCCGUCCCCCAAAAGAUCGUCCUUCGCGCCAACAGUAACAUCGGUCCUCUCGAGCUUGAGAUCCCUAUCCAGGAUGUCGGCGAGGGUCAAACUAUUCACCAGCUAGCCGCUAAAAAAGCGACGAGCGAGCUCGAAGAAGGCCGCGGAUGGAUUCACUCCGCGAAGGAUGCGGACAACGAAUUAAUUACUGUCAAAUAUGAGAGCAUGGUAGACGAUAUUGUUCAACGCGAAUGUGAAAGGCUGGGUGUUCAAUUCCAGGUCGCUGGAAAGUAUUGCUCUUUCUUGGCUGUUCACGAUAUCCAUGACGAAGAUGUGAAAUCCGAAGGAGAUUUCUUCAUGUUUCUUGACGAUGAGACGGUUCCAGCUGUCACGCCCCCUUGCCCUCCACCCUCGCACUCCUAUGGCUCUCGAUUUAUGGAGGCCCCGGUCGAUAGCUCGGCAUCCAUUCGUCAAAGUGAUGUGGGUAUUUACAUGCCUCCUGCAGCUCGUCAAGACGUUGGUCUCCAAGGGUUUCACGGCUCUCGGAGUGGUGGUUCUCGGGGUGGUUCUCGGGAUGGCCGUGACGGACUAAAUCCACCACGCACACGCCAGGCUGGACGCAGAAACAUUACCGCUGCAGCCCAUCCUAUCUACGAUUUCCACCAGCAGAAUCCACAGCCAGCAUCCAAGAUGGAUAAGUUCCACCAACUUGUCUCAAUGCAAGAUUUGGGGGGAUACUGGAAGUGGAGCGAUGGUCUCCUGCAGAUCAUUGGUUUGACUGAAGAGUACGUGAAAGUUGAACUCGAGUUGCGAAUCAAGGAGUAUCUAGACGAUAAUCUAGAGUUGGCCAGUAUGACUGGCAGUCGAAAGCAUAUCUUGAAGAAGGCUAAAUGCAGAGAUUAUGCAGCCACGGCCCUGGUUUUGCAUUACUUCGAGACCUAUCUUCACGAUUCCAAGGAGGUUUGGGAGAUGUUGAGGGCUAAAGCGGAUGACUGGAGCGAGGUCACCCUCCGUGUGAUGAACGACGAAGACGGAGAUAUUCUUAAAAAUAUCGUUGGGGCAUUUAUUAUUUCUCCGCAUCUUCGAAGGGUAAUUAAAACGAGUCGGGUUUGA